AUGGCCCCGGCACAGGCGCAGGCCCACCUCAAUGCUGUGACACGAAGCGGGCCCGGCUCGAGCCAGCAAUCUACCCCGAGGAAGUCGCGGAGGCCAGACAAUUCCUUCGCCCUCGCUGUGGCCUUCGAUGCUGGAGGCAAUGCCUUCGGCGAAGCUGUCGCGAAGCUGCGCCGGGCAUGGAAGGAAGAUGCGCGGCAAGCCACCAUCACUCUCAAGCAGUUGGCAAAGGCCCGACGAGCAGAUGUGGCAGAGGCAACGCUCGGCAUGAUGGCAGAGCAACAGGUGGCAAUCAACGAGUUUCACUACGGGGCUGUGCUCGGUGCCUGUGCGAAAGCUGGCAGCUGGCAGCUGGCGCUUUCCCUGGUAGAGCACAUGGCGGCCGAGAAGAUCAAGGUCGGCGUGGUGGCAUGGACAUCGGUGCUGAGUGCAUGUGCCCGUGCGUCUGCGUGGGUGGUGGCUCUCUGCAUCCUCGACUGGGCCUCACGCGCCAAAUCCGCAGAUGCGGCCCUGUACAGUGCAGGCAUCUCCGCCUGUGAGAAGGGCGGCCGAUGGGAGCUCGCGCUGGACAUCCUCACCAAGAUGUUACUGGACAACUAG